GCGCCAGUCAGUCUCUCAGCUCUCGCGCUCCUCGUGCAUUAAACCAGACCCAGGACUCAUGUCCAGGAAUCCAGACUGGAGUAAAGGAUUCACCUGAAGACGAACACGCGAGCGGUCAGCUGAAGAAACUCUCUCCGUCUCUUGUUUUCCUCCAUGUGAAGGAAAAGGCUGAGCGAUGAACGAGAGCGCAGCGCUCAACGAGAGCGGCGCAGGUUCGCCAGAGUCCUCAUGGCUGGAAGCCGAAGCCUUUGACACCAACCGGACUCUGGCGCUCUCAUCGGCGGCCCUCGAGUUCCACGUCAACCCAUGGGACAUCAUGCUGUGCCUGUCUGGUACGGUGAUUGCCUGCGAGAACGCCAUCGUGGUGGCCAUCAUCUUCUACACACCGACACUUCGCAACCCGAUGUUCAUCCUGAUUGGCAGCCUGGCCACCGCCGACCUGCUGGCUGGCAUGGGAUUAAUCCUGAACUUCGCUUUCCAGUAUCUGGUCUCAUCCGAGACCAUCAGCCUUAUUACAGUUGGAUUCUUGGUGGCGUCCUUCACGGCGUCCAUCAGUAGCUUGUUAGCUAUUACGGUCGACCGCUAUCUGUCGCUAUACAACGCCUUGACAUACUUCUCAGAGAAGACACUGCAUUAUGUGCAUCUGAUGCUGGUGGGAACGUGGGGUGCAUCACUGGGAUUGGGACUGCUGCCCGUUUUGGGCUGGAACUGCUUGGAUGAUGCAUCCACCUGCAGCAUCGUGCGUCCGCUCAAUCGCACUAACCUCACCCUCCUCGCCACAUCAUUUUUCGUCAUCUUCGUCCUCAUGCUCAGCCUGUACUUCAAGAUCUGCAAGAUAGUGUGUCGCCACGCACACCAGAUCGCGCUGCAGCAGCAUUUCUUCACCACCUCGCACUAUGUGGCCACCAAGAAGGGCGUCUCCACGCUUGCCAUUAUCCUGGGCACGUUUGGCGCCAGCUGGCUGCCCUUUGCAAUUUACUGUCUGGUCGGGGAGCGUGAGUAUCCACAGGUGUACACAUAUGCCACGCUACUUCCCGCUACCUACAACUCUAUGAUCAACCCCAUCAUCUACGCUUACCGCAACACCGAGAUCCAGCGCUCCAUCUACAUGCUUUUCUGCGGCUGCUUUCAGACCAACGGCUCGUACCGAUCCAGAUCGCCCAGCGAGGUUUAGAUUCUCUGUGCUUUGUUUUUAACCCUGUAAAGCCUGACAUAUUAAAUAAUAGUCCAGUUUUUGGAAAUGGAACAGUUUAUUGGACAAUAGUGUUUUUUGGUCAUGGGUUCAAAUCCCGGACGAGCCCCCAAUUGGUAAAUAUGUGGCUAUAAAUUAUGGGUUGUAUAGUGAAAAUGUAGAGGGAAAAUAGCUAAAUAUUAUUUGGAGGACCAAAUCUGAGCAAAAAUAUCCUAGUCAUUAUGUAAAUCAUUGAGAUCUUUAUAACUGUAUAACAGAUGACUAUCAUAAAAUGAUAUAAAUACCAGUUGUCACUCUAUAUCUCCAAUAAUAUGUCUUAGUAAGAUGAGAUCGAAAUGAUCCAAACAUAUAAUGCAAUGCAAUGCUGAUU